AUGCAGGACGUGCAGCUGUCGCUGGCGUUCAUCGUGUGGGCGCAAAGGCGGGAUAGGGCGUCUGCAGGCGGCGGAUCGAACGCUUCGACGGCGAACGAGGGACUGUACAGCUUCAAAUACCACAACAAGCCCGCCUCGGUCGACCCAUCCUCGUCCGCGACCGUCUUUGCCGUCCCCUCGACCUCGACUUCCUCGCAGUCGGCCGAGCCAGACACGAUUUACGCUUCAUUUCCAUCGACGAAGCAGGGCGUAGGGAAGAACAAGGGAAAACAGGUCGAGCACCGCUUUGUCGGGACCGAGAUGCAGGCAAAGGAAGUGGAUGUCGUGCUAGUCUGGGACGAGGCGGCGCAGUGCUGGUCACUCGAACCGCUCGUCUCGUCCAUCUCCUUCAAGCCCGACCGCACGCCCAACUCGAAAGCCCCGCCUACUCCCCCCGUUCCCUCUGCGCACGAACUCCAAUCCACCACUCGCGCGUUCUUCGACAGCGACGCAACGAAUCCGUUCGCUUUCGUCGCUGCCCAGCCUGCGGCGAAGAACGAGGACAAGCCAGCUGCGAAACGACCCAAGUCCUCGUCCAGCUCGUCUGCUCCACCUCCGCCUGGUCUCGCCUCGCUCCUCAACCCGGCGUCGUCCCCAUCCGCGAACGGCGUUCUACCUCCCUCCGCCGCUCAGUCGGAAGACGAAGAUGACGAUAUGUUUGAGGAAGUCGGCGUCGGCGAGUCUCAGCCGCAGGUUGCGGACGUGCCUAGUUACUUGAGGACACCUGGAGGCGGAACAGCGCCUCUGCCCGACCUUGCACCCGUAUCUGCGCCGCUGCCCGUACCGCCCAAACCGCCUUCUCCUCUGCCACCGGUCGCCCAGCCACCUUCUCGACCUCCGGCUCCUCCACCAUCCCGCCCUGUCGCAUCUACACAGCCUGAACACCCUCCACCACGACCAGCCCAGUCCAAACCCGCGUCCGUCCCUCCCCGCCCUCACCCCUCCUACGGCUCCAAGAUCCCCGCUUCCUACACGCGCCAACUCGCACAAAAGGCGAAAGAAGCAGACGAGGCGAGUUCUGACUCGGACGAUGACGAGGAGGACGAGUACGAGGAUGAGGAUGUGCAGAUGCGGCCGAUCGGGGCGAGUGUGGAUCGACCGCCGGCACAGGGGAAGAAGACGGCUGAGGCGGAUCGGACGACUCGGUCUGGCGCGACGUUUGCUUCUGCGCCUGUGCAAGCUGUGCACCUCGGUCCAUCGAGCAAGGCGACUCCGCCCGCGCGCUCGACGACCGCUUCGAAGUCAAUCCAGCGCGUCGCACCCAACAUCUCUGACUCGUCCUCGUCCGACUCGUCUUCCGACUCUGACGAGUCCGAUUCAGGCGGCGUACCGAGCGCCGUACGAGCGCAGAUGAGUCGGCAAGUGAAUGCCCAGAUGGCGAAAGUGCGAUCCGGGACCGGGACGCCCGUUCCGCCUGCUGUUCCUGCCGGUGCGGGUCAAAGGAGGGUAAAUUACCCGAGUAUCCAGGCUGCGCAGGCGGUGCAGCAGCAGCAGGCGAGGUGGCAGCAGCAAGUGCAGGCUCAGCAGCAGCAGAGGGCGGCAGCGGCAGCUGCUGCGAGUGCGGCGGGGCGGCCGGGACCUGGUCAGGUUGGACGCAAAGGGCUCGCGCCACCGGUGCGGACUGCAGCCUCGCUCGACCUGCGCCAGGCCGAGAUCGAGAACGACAUUCCCGACUCGAGCGAGGAGGAGUAG